AUGGCGGUUAUAGUGGCCCAGAUCAAACGCAUAGCCGAGAUGGAGGUGCCGGAUGACGAAGAAGGCAACGGAAUCAACGACGAACUUAAGACGGGCCCGAACCUAGGAUUAUUCCCAAGGCAGAUCUCACCAGUUCCUGCGUUGCUACCACUCAAUCACUUGAGGUCGACAGGAGAAUUCUGGUGGAACUGA